AAUUUGACACAUGACUAGAAUUGUCAAACGGCCGGCACGCAUCGCAAAAUUUACGUUGAACAACACGCUGUAUUUCGAGGAAAACGUUGUCAACAGCGGGUUAAGAAAGUUUAACGAUUGCGUUGUUUCACACAAUAGUUAUAAUUUUAUACUUCAAGUAGGUGUCCUACUGUUAGAAUUGAAACGUAAUCUUAAGAUUGCGCGGGGGCCAAAAUGGGAAAGAAAAAGCAGCAUAAACAAAACCACAAUUCUGCGAAUGGUGUGACAAAAUCUCUUCAAACAGACGAUGCUACUACUAAUAAACGUGCAAAGAAGCGUAGUGUACAGUAUCCGACGGAUGUUGAAGGUACAUCCAAUGGAAAAAAUGCCUCUGCAGCGAAGCGACCGAAAAAGGCCAGCAAACAAACUACUACUGAAGCAGGAUGGGUUGUUGAGAGCGGCGAUUGUCAGCUCAGUAAGGAGGGUAAUACUGAAUUUGCGAACAUCAAAUCGGAUAAGGCUAAUAAUGGGGACAGUAAGAAAGUUGCAAGUUCUAAACUAAGCCCCAAAUUGCAAACAGUGGCAUUCAAGAGAAAGGCCGACGCGGUUGACGAUAAUAAUUCGGACACAAGCGAAUGGACUACCGACGAAGAAUAUGGUUCUUCAUUUGAUGGAAUAGAAAACGGAAACGCAACGGUCGAUGAAUACGAUGAUGAAGAUGAUGCUUCGUUCGAUUCGAGUACUUUUUCGUCGUACGACAGCAUGAAUAGCGACGCAGAAGAGGACAGUUUCGAGAGCGCCAGUUUCGAGAGCGCCAGCUUCGAUGAGGACGAGGAUCAAUCGUUAGAUUCCAGUUCCAGUUCAGACAGCAAUUACCGGAAGUAUAUCUACGAACAGAAAGAAUACGACAGUGACGGUGAUGAAGAUUAUGGGCUAACCAACCCCGAUGAUACCAUUCAUGUACCGUUUGGUUCAGCCGUUAUGCAUGAAUUGCCCGACGAUAUGAUGGUUCAGUUUGAUGAAUCCAUCACACAUGGACAGAUAAUCGAACUUCCGCUUAUAGAUGAUAAUGUAUUGGAAAAAGUGGAUGAACCCACCGAGGUAAAACAAGUAGAAAAGGUUGAGGAAGACAAGAAACUGGACGAUAAGGCGCUGGAUGAUGUGGAAAGUGAGGAAGCUUCCGGUUCGAUUAUCGAUAAUGGCUUGAAAAAAGUGGAUGAACCCACCGAGAUAAAACAGGUAGAAACGGUUGAGGAAGGCAAGAAACUGGAUGAUGUGGAAAGUGAAAAAUUAGGAACUAAGAAGAAGAAAUCGAUUAUUAAGCCCAAACCGACUAAAGCAUCCGACACAUCGUAUACAUUUUACGAUGCGGUAGACUUACGAAUGUCAAUUGUGGUGCUGAAAGCCCCCAUUUAUGUUUAUGGUCACCUGUCCGUGCAAGUGCUGUGUGGGAAAGUUGAAAUUUUGGGCUACACGCUGGAUACGGCCGAAAAACGGACGUUGUAUGCAUCAGAAGGGUACAACGCCAUUAAUAUUACACCUGUACCAAGCCCGGCCACGUACCGCAAAGGAGCAUUGGGUAAUAUUUGCCAAAAGCUUAGACCACACUUUUACGAGUCCGACAUAGCCGCGCUGGUGAAGCAGUUUGAUCCGGCAAAAGGUGCGCUUGUGUUGCUACGAGCGGACACGUUCAAUGCGAGCGAUACCGUACCGUUGGUGUGUAAGCUGCUUUCAGAUUUCAAUUUGUUCCCGACUGCGGCUAGUCUGGAUCAAACGUCGCCAUUCAGCAGGACAGAAACUUUACUAGAGAUUUCACUGUUCCAACCGGCAGUGACAGACGUUCCACUGUUUAAAGCGAAUCCUGCUUGGGAUACGGUGCAGCUGAAACCGGAUAGCCGUCUGAUGGUAGUUGGUGGCAAGGGUGCGGGUAAAUCCACCCUCUGCCAAUAUUUGAUCAACCGGCACAUCAAACACUUUGGGCGGAUCCUGCUCGUCGAUCUAGACAUUGGCCAGCCGUUGCUUUCUUUGCCGGAAACGAUAAGUGUUAGCGUCGUGCAGGAAGCGAUCCUCGGUGUAGGAUGUUUUGCGAACGUGCAACCAGAAAAAUGUCUGUUUUUUGGAAGCUUAAAUGUGGUCACUUCGCCGAUACUGUACGUGCAGAACGUGCGAUCAUUGGCACAGUACUGCACCGAACAUCCCGAACUGAGCGGGAUGCCAUGGAUCAUCAAUACGAUGGGCUAUGUGGCAGGAUUCGGUGAGGAGCUAACGACUGCGAUCAUACGGCUUUUGCAACCAACGGACCUGAUACAGCUUACGUUUCCGAAGCAAUCGAAAAAAAACACAGUAUUCAUCAAAGCACAAAACUAUGCCAAUCAACUAAAGGCCGAGCUGGUGAAUGAGUUUAGGUUUAAUAUCUUGUACGAGGAGGUACAGCUGAAAUCGAAUCCCGUCAAUUAUCGUUUCCACACUUUCGACGUCACUUACGAACCAUGCAAAGCGUCCUUCAUUCCACCGCAACGACGCACCAUAUUGAUCAUGGCACAGCUGGUAAAGAUUUUGGGCGAUUCGGACGAAUCGUUUGCAAAUGUUAAACCACACAUGGCUAACGUAAAUGAUCUGCAAAUCUUAAUCACGCGUGACGAACAUCGCCCUUCGAAAGAGAUGUUGUUGCAUGCCCUGAAUGCCUCGUUGGUAUAUCUUUGUGAAAAGGAUGAAACCGGGCAGUAUAACUGUUUCGGUGUGGGAAUUGUUCGCAGUGUCGAUGAUAAAGAGAACGUGUACCUGUUGCAUUCACUAUCGCCGGAACAGCUUGCAAGAACGAAUGUGCUGGCACUGUGCAACACAAGCCUACCGAGUCAGGUGUAUCUGCAACCCAGUCCCAACAUCGAAGGUACGAUCCCGUACCUGCAUAAUAUGACCAAGACAAGUCAAUAAGCUUGAGCCACGCGGCUACUGUUUCGUUUCGCAAAAGUUUUUUUUUCUCCAAAGAGUAACUGCGGCAAUGUGUGCGGCAUAAAAGUGUUUCGUCUCACGUUUGUUUCAACUGUAACCGUUGCGCUAGCAAAAUACACGGAAUGA